CAUCGUCCGACACCUCCCUCACUGAGUUGUGUUGUAUGUGUUUGUGUUGACUUGUAUUUGUCGACGAGGCUUACCAGGCAACCGUUUACACCAUGACGAAUGUACGGGAGACUUGCGUUGAGGAACCUGAUUCAUUGGGAUCUAGAAACAUACCGAAUCUUCCCAAUCAUCCUACUCAACCGUACCAGUACCUUUGUUGCGAUCACGUGGAAAAGAUGUUGCGAGACGACUACGGCCAAACCGUCACGACACCCUCCCAACUCGUUUGGGUCUGUAAAAGUAAAGGCAGGAGUCGACGACGACAGCGACAGCGACAGCGACCUUCACGAGAAGGAACUAAAGCAAACGAGGACAACCUGCUCCAGGCAUCUCUAGAGCAUUCUCACGAGAAACUCGCAAUCUCCAAUCUUUCUACAACAACGUUCCCCUUAAACCAACGACUGGAACUCUUUGCCCGUGCCAAGGUAGUAAAACUCGUGUCCGACGAUACUGUCAAAGACGUUGACGACAACAACAACAACAACAACCGCACAAAGGAUUCGGGUGAAGCAUCUUCGCUACCGCAUUCUCGAUCCAGUCUAGACCAUCCACAAUCCCAACGGACAUACGUUCCUCGCGUGCUGGUUCAGUACCCACGCGGUAGCACCUACCAUGUGGCUCUCCAUCAUUUGGUGCCCAUCCUAGACGAAACCGUCACACGCAAAAUUAUUGUUUGUGGUGAAACAGCAACGUAUCGUCGGGCCUGUCUCGUGCAUGUACUACCGCACGAACACUUUGUUGAGAUUGGGUGUGACGUGGGUGUUACCGUUCACCGCGUACACCGAGCCACGGCGUCACCAACAACGACCCAAACGACAGUCGCGGUUCUCGCCGGGGACCAUGAUGGACGCCGUAUGGUGGGGAUUGACAAGUCGAUCCAAUCCAUACAAACAGCACGACAACUCUACCCGCACUUGUCCUUUUACCAUUGGGAUAUUCUGGCAUCGGGAAGUUUACAUCAGAAGAAUCACGACGACGACAACAAUGAUGAAAAUAACAACAGCGCCAGUGAACCUCACAAAGAGGACUCGGUACACGGGACUACGUACGACGGAAUGCCGCAUGCACUCCAAUCUGCAUGGAAGGCUGCCACUUGCUCCGACCAAAGUGUCGUGGUUGCCAUAGAUAUCAAUGGGAAUCGCGAGUUGCCGGCCGUAUUGGCGUGUAUUACCCGCGUAUGGGCCUUGGGGAACGAGUGUAGUAACGAACACGCCGACCAGCCUUGCAUCACCCCCAUCGUGAACACGAAGGCGUCUGGGGCAACUUCCCAUGACACUGUACCCCGACUCAUCAUUGUCAAAUCGCGUGCCCUUUUCAACGUAUUGCGCUCGCAACCGAAACGGGCCUUGAGUAUCAAACAAGACGAAAAACCGUAA